AUGGUGCUCUUCGUCGCUGGCAGAAUCUACGUUCGGGCGAACCAGAAGUCAGGUGUAGGAGCCGAUGACUGGAUUAUGGUUGGCGCAGCGGUCUUCGCCUUAGCGAUUUCUGUGUGCUUAUUAGUUACAACCACCAACUCUCUUGGGCGUCAUCUCUAUGAUGUGAACCCGAUGACGUUUGUGAGCUCUGCAAAGUACAACGUUGCGAGUGUCACAAUGUACAAUGCUUCUAUGACACUCACAAAGCUUUCCGUCUGUAUGACGUACCUGAAGCUUUUCCCCUCGAGAACGAACAAAUUGUUCUGUUGGACGAUGAUUGGGUACCAGCUUCUGUGGGGUGUCAUCUCGUCGGCACUCUACAUUCUGCAAUGCGUGUAG